AUGGCCGGCUCCUCCGCCGCCCCGGCCCUGCUUCGCCGCAUCUUAUGCCGCUCCACCCCAGCCUCCUCCUCCGUACUGCGCGCUACCUUUUGCUCCUCCGCCGGCUUCGGCCCGUCUCCUCUGUCCUCCAUAUUCGGCGACGGCACCGAGGUCGCCAACGUGCCACCGCUCACCACACCCAAGCUCUUUGUCAGCGGCCUUUCAAGGUUAACAACAGAUGAGAAGCUCCAGGGUGCAUUUGCUCCUUUCGGGAGGCUCCUUGAAGCAAAAGUGGUGACGGAUAGAGUUUCUGGGAGGUCAAAGGGUUUCGGUUUCGUGAGAUAUGCCACCAUAGAAGAGGCUGAGAAAGCGCGGCAGGAGAUGAACGCCAAGUUUCUGGAUGGAUGGGUCAUCUUCGUUGACCCUGCCAAGCCAAGGCAGCCAAAGCCCGCUCCUGAGCAGGACACCCGUUCGUCGCAUGCUGGCUUCACGACGAACAAGACCGUAGGAUGGUGCGGCUAG